AGUAUCAAGGCUCCCUAGGAGUGAGUGCUUUCUCAACCCCGUCUGGGAAGGUGGGUUAUUUUCCUGGCAGAAGGGAGAGGAAUUUGUUCUGAGUAGGGGCGGUUAUGCAAAGUGCAAGGAGGAGGAAGAAGCUAAGAGGGGAGUUGGUGAGUCAGAGGAGAAAAGCUGUACAAUUUGGCCAGCAGAGAGCCUCUUUAAAGCAGAGGAAGCCUCAGUCACUAACAAGGUCUUCCACUUCAGCACAAUGAUGCUGCCCAAAAAAACGAGGCCACUGCUGUUCCUGUUUUCCCAGAUGGCCAUCUUCGCUCUGUUCCUCCAUUUGAUCAGCCACAACUUCAACUCCCUGUCUGCAAAGGAGGAGCCCAAGCCUAUGCAUGUGUUGGUCCUGUCUUCAUGGCGCUCUGGCUCCUCUUUUGUGGGCCAGCUUUUUGGGCAGCACCCAGAUGUCUUCUACCUGAUGGAACCCGCCUGGCAUGUCUGGAUGACCUUCACAAGAAGCACCCCCUGGCGGCUGCAUAUGGCGGUGCGGGAUCUGAUCCGUGCUGUUUUUCUCUGUGACAUGAGUGUCUUUGAUGCCUAUAUGAAUCCUGGUCCCCGACGUCAGUCCAGCCUCUUCCAGUGGGAUGGCAGCCGGGCGCUGUGUUCCCCACCUGCCUGCAACAUGUUCCCUCGGGAUAAGAUCAUACCUCAGGCUCACUGCAAGAUUCUGUGUAGUCAACAGCCCUUUGAAGUGAUUGAGAAGGCCUGCCGCUCCUACAGUCACGUGGUGCUCAAGGAAGUGCGCUUCUUCAACCUGCAGGUGCUCUACCCACUGCUGAGAGACCCUUCCCUCAACCUGCACAUCAUACACCUGGUCCGGGACCCCCGGGCUGUGCUCCGUUCCCGGGAGCGCACCACAGGGGAGCUUAUGAUUGAUAGCCGCAUUGUGAUGGGGCAGCGUUGGCAGAAACUCAAAGAGGAGGACCAACCCUACUAUGUGAUGCAGGUCAUCUGCCAAAGCCAGCUGGAGAUCUACAAGGCUGUGAAGUCCUUGCCCAAAGCCCUGAAGCAGCGCUACCUUCUCAUGCGCUAUGAGGACCUUGUCCGGGACCCCCUGGCCCAGACAGCCCAAAUGUAUGAAUACACAGGGUUGAAAUUCUUGCCUCAGCUCCAGGCCUGGGUGCUCAACAUCACUCAAGGCCAAGGCAUGGGUCAGCACGCCUUCCACACAAAUGCCAGGAAUGCCCUCAACGUCUCCCAGGCCUGGCGCUGGUCCUUGCCUUAUGAAAAGGUCUCCCGACUUCAGAAAGUCUGCAGAGAUACCAUGACUUUGCUGGGCUACCAUCUUGUCAGAUCUGAGCAAGAGCAGAGAAACCUGUCCCUGGACCUCCUGUCUACCUGGACCCCCUCCACACAAAUUGAGAGUUGAGGAGGCUUUGUCUCCACUUGGCACUGGCCUCGGCCAAGUUAACCGAAGGCAUAAUGCCUUAAUGAUGUCUCUGUUGGCAUACACAGAAGCAUAAGUUGUGCCCACACGUGCUCAAGCCAAAACAUCUUUGUGUCUCUACUCAUGUCCAGAAAAGAGACUCAGAAACUUUGUGAGAGUGACACAUUCUGCUACUGAAAGAGGAGCACGGCCUUUCCUCUCGUCUUGGCCUUCCUAUGUGUGUAUACCUUGGAGACUUUGUGGCCUGGGGUCCUAUCUGGCACCAUGCAGUAUCGGUGGAGUAAAUCCAUAAACUUCUCUGUCUAUAUCUUGUUCAGUGGGAAAGGAGAGAGAUGGGAAGAAGCAGGGAAAGGGGUCUUCCACUGAAGACCCCACCAGCACAUUCCCCAGGGAUGUGCGUUCUGAGCCCUUGGAGCUGCCAGUAGAGUCAUAGAGGGAACAGGGAGCAGAGCUGGAUGCUUAUCUGUGAGCUUGGCCUCUCAGUUAUCACAAAUAUGAGACAAAAUCUCUGUCCAAAGAGCAAGCUCUUAAGUUCCUGGGGUGGCUGGGCCCGAUUUGGGUGUCGUUUCCUCUCAGUGUUUUCUUCUCACAAAGAAGAUUUUGACCUGUGAAGCAGCCAUCCAUUAAUACUAAAAUUCCAAAACAAGA